AUGGUAAUGGCCGAGCCCCGGCUGCCCCCCCCGCUGCUGCCCCGCGGGCCCGGGCCCGUCCGCGUCGGGUUCUACGACAUCGAGGGCACGCUGGGGAAGGGCAACUUCGCCGUGGUGAAGCUGGGGCGGCACCGGAUCACGCGCAGCGAGGUGGCAAUAAAAAUAAUUGACAAAUCUCAGCUGGAUGCAGUGAACCUGGAAAAGAUCUAUCGAGAAGUGCAGAUAAUGAAAAUGCUCGACCACCCGCACAUAAUAAAACUCUACCAGGUGAUGGAGACCAAAAGCAUGUUGUACCUUGUGACAGAAUAUGCCAAAAACGGAGAAAUUUUUGAUUACCUUGCCAACCAUGGCCGUCUGAGUGAGCCCGAGGCCAGGCGCAAAUUCUGGCAAAUCCUCUCUGCGGUGGAAUAUUGUCAUAGCCGAAAGAUUGUGCACCGUGACCUCAAGGCUGAAAAUCUCCUGCUCGACAACAACAUGAACAUCAAAAUAGCAGAUUUUGGGUUUGGAAAUUUCUAUAAAAGUGGUGAGCCUCUCACCACCUGGUGUGGAAGCCCCCCGUAUGCAGCCCCGGAAGUCUUUGAAGGGCAGCAGUAUGAAGGACCCCAGCUGGAUAUCUGGAGCAUGGGUGUAGUUCUUUAUGUUCUAGUCUGUGGAGCGUUACCUUUCGAUGGACCUACACUCCCUAUUCUGAGACAACGGGUUCUGGAAGGAAGGUUCAGGAUCCCCUAUUUCAUGUCAGAAGAGUGUGAGCACCUGAUCAGGAGAAUGCUGGUCCUAGACCCAUCCAAGAGAUUGACAGUUGCUCAGAUUAAGGAGCAUAAAUGGAUGCUAAUAGAAGUUCCUGUGCAGAGACCCAUUCUCUAUCCACAAGGACAGGAGAACGAGCCUUCCAUUGGAGAGUAUAAUGAGCAGGUUUUGCGGCUGAUGCACAGCCUUGGAAUAGACCAACAGAAAACUAUUGAGUCUCUGCAGAACAAGAGUUAUAACCACUUUGCUGCUAUCUAUUACCUGUUAGUGGAGAGACUCAAGUCACAUCGGAGUAGCUUCCCUGUGGAGCAGAGACUCGAUGCUCGUCAGCGUCGGCCAAGCACCAUUGCUGAACAAACAGUCGCCAAGACACAAGCUGCGGUGCCCCCAGUGAACCUGCGUUCACAGAAUGUAAGGCUGCUGAGGUCUCCGGGCCUCCCGCCAGCUCCAGAAGCCUUCUCCUUUCCCCCAUCCAGCUGCCACGUAGAGUCAGCAUUCAUGGAAGAAGAAAGAGUCGAUACCCCAAAGGUAAACGGCUGCUUGCUAGAUCCCUUGCCCCCAAUGGUGAUUAGGAAAGGAUGCCAGUCACUGCCUACUAGCAUGAUGGAAACGUCUAUUGAUGAGGGGAUAGAGACAGAAGGCGAAUCAGAAGACGAUCCCGCGCAGGCAUUUGCAGCCCUCCAAGCAACCCGCUGUGGGAAAAGACGUCACACUCUGGCAGAAGUGACCAACCAGCUUGUCAUGAUGCCAGGCAUAGGGAAAGUCUACUCCUUGGAUGAGAAUCCAUCUUUGGGCAGCAUUGACUCAGAAUAUGAUAUGGGAUCUUUUCAGAGGGAUCUUAACUUCCUUGAGGACAAUCCUACACUGAAAGAAAUGGUGCUGGCCAACCAGUCAGCACCCAGAAUGACACCCCCUUUCAUAGGCCUGAGACCUGCCAAUCCAGCCAUGCAGGCACUGACCUCCCAGAAACGAGAGGCCCACAACCGCUCCCCCGUCAGUUUCCGAGAGGGGCGCAGGGCAUCUGACACAUCCCUCACACAAGGAAUUGUAGCAUUUAGACAGCACCUUCAGAAUCUGGCACGAACCAAAGGAAUCCUGGAGCUGAAUAAAGUCCAGCUGCUAUAUGAACAGAUGGGAUCAGAAGAAGAGCCCAACCUAACAUCAACUGCUCCCCACUUGCAGAAUCUUGUAAACAGCCCCCCUCAGGAGGAAGCUUCUCAGCAGCAGGAGACUGUAUCUGCCUUCCCUAAUGGCGUGCAUCCACAGUUAUUAUCCAGACGGCAGAGCUUAGAAACACAGUACUUGCAACACAGACUGCAGAAACCCAGCCUGCUGUCAAAAGCCCAGAAUACCUGCCAGCUGUACUGCAAAGAACUGCCCCGAAGCCUGGAACAGCAGUUACAAGAGCACAGGCUGCAUCAGAAGAGACUCUUCCUCCAGAAGCAGUCCCAGCUGCAGGCUUAUUUUAACCAGAUGCAAAUAGCUGAAAGCUCCUACCCAAGCUCAAGUCAACUGCCACUUCCAGGCCAGGAGGAGCAGCAGCCGCCGCCGCCACAGUUCAGCCUGGCACAGCCCUUGAGCCCUGUAAUGGAGCCUUCCUCAGAACAAAUGCAAUACGACCCUUUCCUUAGCCAGUAUCAGAAACUGCAGCUGGAGUCAUUGCCGCCAUCACAGAUCCACAGCUCACCUCGGCUGCCAUCGCAGAUUCAUGUGCAGCAGCCACCACCGCCGCCCUUACAAUAUUCCUAUCAGACUUGUGAAUUGCCAGUCGUCCCCUCUUCUGAGCCAGACUACCCAAACCAGUGCCAGUAUUCCAUGAACCCAGCCCAGCAAAGCAAUGUAGCAUCACCAGAUAGCCAGAGGAGCUCAGCCUCUCAUGAGUCUCAGUCCAACUAUGAGGCGUUAGCCCUUUCAGAGUUGCCAGGACUUUUUGAUUGCGAAAUGAUGGAGACUGUUGACCCCCAACAUAGUGGCUAUGUCUUGGUGAAUUAG